AUAUAAACCUGUGUAAAGAUGAAAAAACAAAACAUACAAGUUUACCAAUAUCUAAGAGUCUUACAGUAAGAAGAGAGAGAUAUAUGGCAGCAGAGAAAAUCAAUAAAUUGAGUGAAGAAGGUGAAGCAUAUCCAAUGAUAGGUGGAGAUGGAUCCAAAAGCUAUGCCAAGAACUCCACUUACCAGAGAGGAGCUGUGGAUGUUGUCAAACAAAUUAUAAAAAUGGCAGUUGCAGAAAACCUUGACAUAGAGAAGAUCAUGUUAUCGAAUCCCAACAACACGUUUAACAUUGCAGAUCUGGGUUGCUCAGUUGGGCCAAAUACAUUUUCUUCAGUUGAAAACAUAAUUGAAGCCGUGCAGUCCAAGUAUCAAAGCCAAGUGCCGCGGCUGAGUGCAUCACAAAUCCCGGACUUUCAAGUUUUCUUCAACGAUCACACCUGUAAUGACUUCAACAUGCUCUUCAGGUCCCUCCCCGAUCAGAACAGGCAGCGAUACUAUGCCGCCGGGGUGCCUGGUUCUUUUUAUGGUCGCUUAUUUCCUAGAGCUUCCAUUCACUUUGUUUACUCUUCUUACGCCCUUCAAUGGAUUUCGAGAGUGCCAAAAGAGGCAACGGACAAAGAUAGCCCUGCCUGGAAUAAAGGUCGGAUCCAUUAUCUAAAUUCCACGGAUGAAGUAGUGAGGGCAUAUCAAGCGCAGCAUGCUGAUGACAUGGAGUGCUUUUUGGAUGCCAGGGCACAAGAGAUUGUGUGUGGAGGUUUGAUGGUACUCAUCAUUCCUGGUCAUCAGCUUCAAGGUUCAUCAAAUGAUUCUCAUUCUUUUCUUAAUGUCACAUAUCGGCUUUUAGGAUCUUCCCUCACGGACAUGGCUAGGAAGGGAGUAGUUAGUGAAAACAAAGCAGAUUCAUUUAACAUACCUAUCUAUCAUAUGUCUCCCCAAGAUCUGGAAGCUGUUGUGGAGAAAAAUGGAUGUUUCAGCAUAGAGAGUGUGGAUCACUUACCUCAGAUCCCGAAACUUGACACAGUUACGAAAAAUGCCCAACUGAUUGCGUCUCACUGUAGAGCCGUCACGGAGGAACUCUUCAAGCAGCACUUUGGAGAUGAAUUAGUUUUAGAUGAGCUCUUUGACUUGUAUCGUAAGAAACUUGAAGAGCAACCCUCCAUCUUCGACUCCAUGGGAACAACUACCUUUCUUGCUGUGCUUAAGCGCAAGGCAAAUUGAAUAUGUGAUAUAUUGAACAGAUUCCUCUUGUUUAGUUUUUUCAUUUUAGAUUGCUGCUGAUGAACAAAGUUAAUCUAUUUGGUGAUCAUUUAGCUUCAACACGUACUUCCAGCUGAUGAAAGAGGUUGCAAAGAUUAGGUG